UUUGGACUUAUUUGAUUAUUAUUUAAUAGAGAAAAGAGUUCUUGGUCGACUUUCUUCUCUUGAGCUGUAGGGGGAGGCAAAUAGCUAGUUAAAACAGUUUAGAUGCAGGGGCAUCAAAGGCCUUGAGCAAUAUCUCAAGGAGAUAAGUUCUUCCUGAGGAGAAAGGAAAACAGUUCCUUCAUGAUGCUACAUUAGUCCUCCACAACAACUCGGUCCAGACCAGGAAGCAGAGUCGUAGUUUAACACACCCCUCUGCAGCUUCUGUACUGUUACCCACCCACUGCCCCAUAGAGACAGUGUCCUGCCCACGGCCAAAUCACACAGAUUAAAUAUCAGGCUUAAUAAAGUAAAUCAUGGAAAUCUCAUAAAUAUUAGAACAAAUUCAACUGAGCAGAAAACUAGAAAAAUUAAAUGUGGGUUGUUGAACAUUUUCUCUAAGACUUUGUUAGUUAAUGAGUUGAUUUGUGAUAAUCAGAUUUCUUUGCUCUCUCUCACAGAAUCCUGGCUGCAGCAAGAGGACUAUGUUAGCUUAAACGAGUCGACUCCUUUUAAUUAUUUAAAUCAUAUUGCUCGAAGUACAGGGAGAGGAGGAGGAGUAGCAACCAUUUUUCAUUCAGACCUAUUAAUCAAUCCCUCACUAAUUAAUAGUUACAAUUUUUUUGAACAUCUUAUUCUUAGUUUUCCUAAUCCAGAUUGCAAAACUGUGAAACCACUCCUGUUUGUAGUUUUGUAUCGUCCACCAGGAGCCUCGUUUAUCAAGCUUGCUUACGCACAAAACAGGGUCAGAAAACUGCGUAAGCAACUUUCCAUGCAAACUUUGGGAUUUAUGAAAGAAAACUUAGUGGAAAAAUAAGCGCAACUUUAAGUUGACAGCAAGUUCACACCUUCCAUUAGAGCAAGCCUCUGAUUGGUGGGUGGAAUUAGCCCACAAGGGCUUAAGGCAAGGAUGUGUGGAAUCAACCGGGCCAGGCUGGGGCCGACUGGGGCUACCCGGCACGGGCCGACCCGGUACAGAUGGGAAUGGCCCAUAAGCAAGCAUGCAGCGUAAGUGGAGAGGAAAACUCCCUUUUAACAGGAAGAAACCUCCAGAGAAUCCUGGCUCAGUAUAAGCAGCCAUUCACCAUGACUCACUGGGGAUGGAGAAGAAAGAGCUGGCACACACUUACACACACACACACACACACACACACACACACACACACACACACACACACACACACACACACACACACACACACACACACACACACACACACACACACACACACACAAACAUACACUCACACACACAUACAGUGAGCUGGGGACAAAGAGGCUGGAGCUGACUUGGGAGGAAUGAUUAAAAAUGGUAACAACAUAAGACACUUAUCUGAGACGCAGAUAAAAGACACAUGAGGGCGCUAUGAGAUGCAGAAGGGAUUCCAGAGAGGGAUGGAGAAACAUCAGGAGACAAAUGAAGGAAGACACAGAUGCAGACACAGACCAUGACAGUAAUCUACCUAACUGAUUAGGUUCAUCAGUGUUAAUGGAUAGAUAUAACUGAGUGUCGUCAGCAUAACAGUGGAAGUUUAUCCCAUGCUGUCCAUCACAUUCACCAAUUGGAAGCAAAUGUAUAGUAAAAAGAAUUGGUUCAGGCACUGAACCCUGUGGUACUCCACAAGUAACCCUGGAGUAUGAAGAAGAUUUGUCAUGUACGUUUACAAAAUGAAAUGUUUCAGGCAGGUAGGAUUUAAACCAGCCUAGUGCUGUUCCUUUGAUCCCUACAACAUGUUCAAGUCUUUCUAAAAGAACAUUGUGAUCAACUGUGUCAAAGGCAGCACUGAGAUCUAACAAGACUAGAACAGACACAAGAUUCUUAUCCGAGGCCAUGAGAAUAUCAUUUGUAACUCUCACUAAUGCAGUUUCAGUGCUGUGAUACUCUCUAAAACCAGACUGAAAUUCCUCAAACAGAGCAUUAGUGUUUAAAUGGUGACAUACUUGGAUGGCCACUAUUUUCUCCAGGACUUUGGAUAAAAAUGGAAGGUUAGAUAUUGAUCUAUAAGUCAUUGGGUCAUCUGGAUCCAGAGAAGGUUUCAAAAAGGUUUGAUUACAGCAACCUUAAAAUCCUGUGGUACAUAUCCAUUUACUAAGGAUAGAUUGAUUAUUUCUAGAAUGGAGGCAGUAGCCACAGGAAAUGCAUCUUUAAAUAAUUUGGUUGGGAUUGGAUCCAAAAUGCAAGUUGAAGGUUUAGAUGAAGCUAAUAUUUUUGAUAACUCUGAAAGCUCAACUGGAUCAAAACGGUUCAAACACAGAUGAGGUUCUACAGUCACCUCUGAUGCUGCCUCAUUUACUGAGGAAGAAGAAAUCGCAUUAGGGAGGAUGCUAAUGAUUUUGUGUCUAAUAGAAUUAAUUUUACUCGUGAAAAAUCCCAUAAAGUCGUUGCUGCUCAGGGCUUAGGGAAUAGAUGGCUCCGCUAUGAUUCUGUGUAAGUUAGGCAACUGUACUGAAAAGAAAUUUAGGAUUAUUCUUAUUCUCCUCAAAUAGCAAGAAGUGAAAUAAAAAUAAAUGCGGGCUGAAAGUUUGGCUUUGGUGAACAGAAUCAGCUGAGAUGGCAAACUGGAGCAAUGCAGUGCUCCUAGAGCUUUUCUCCAUUAGAGCUGGAAGUCAGACCACCAGAGAGUGCCUGGGGACUGUGGAGGACAGACUGGUCAAAACAACCUAAUAAGCGUGGCUUUGAUCACAAUAAAAAGCACAUUAUUUCCAAGAUCAACGGACAUUCACAGCAGCACAGAGACCACCCCAUACCCCCUUUAUACCACCAUUGUUUAAUCUUUUGUCAAAAGGACACGAUUGUGCCACAUAACCGCCAUGGUCUGACCAAUAAUAAAUGAACUAAGGCAUCCUUAAGUGAUUCAAUCAUUGUGCUCAUUCUUAACAGACCAGCCUCAGUAACAUAAUGAUGAAUAACUGGAUUGAUUUUGGUAGACAGUGGCCUCCAGUAACUGAUGAAGGUAAAUCAAAUUAAUACCAACAAGCAGGUGACCAGUUCAGGUUGACGUGGAUCAGAGGGAAUGUGCGUUCAGCCUAAACAGGUGAAAUGUUUCUAAUUUAAGUGAAAUCGCUUAAUUGCAUUGUUUAAAUAUUAGUGGGUCACUGGUCUGCUUGUUUGAAAUAAAUAUUAAAAAUUAAUUCAAAUGUAAUUGUAUUGAAUGUUUAUUUGUUUUAAAACUGAAAGUGGCUAGGGAAAGUGGAUCAGCUCAGAAUACACCCAAAUACUGCAGUAAUUCAUUCCAUGUCCUACUCAAAUUCAUAAAAGAAAGAAAGGCAGUUAUGCUCAGAAAAAAACAAACAUUUUAUUUCAACUAAAUAUCAAAAUGUUGGGCAACACAGGGAAACAAAGCAGGGGCUUCAUUUUACCGCUAUGACUGUAUUCAGUACGGCCCAUUGUGUUUUACACUCGACCAAACAUCAUAUACUGCAUUAAACAGUUUUCUGCUGUACGUAGAAGAGCCGAUGACUACAUAUGUCCUCCCAGCCUUUCUAGACAUGGUCACUUAAGAAACAACUUCCACUUGUUGCUUCUUUUUGUCAAAGCCCACUUCUUCCACAGUGCCUAUGGUUACCUUACUGGAAUCGGCCGCUGCAAUAAUGGCAGCAGCCUGACUUCAUUUAGUUUCGCCAAAUCAGUCUACUGUAUUUGCCACUUCUGAUUUGUAGUAAAUUUGAUGGGUUUUCACAAGCUAACAAAACUCAAUGUACAUAAUAGACAUAGUCCAAACAAACAAAGUACAUCAUAUGUGUGAUUGAAGGCGUAAGGCAAAGAGGAUUAGAAAACAUCUUCUAUAGGUUGAACCGUUGACAGAAAUGUAUUUACUCCCCCUGUGUCCUGUCUGGCUGUGAAGCAAACAGAAUUCAUGUCUGAAUGCUGGUGACAAGCCUUACAGAUUUACUCUCAGGUGGAGCAUCAAAGCGUCUGCUUUUAAGGUCACGCCUGAUACUUAAAACUUUAUUAUUAUUGUUUUUGAAUGCUUUAUAAUUCCGGCCAGACACAGAGAUAGAGGUGAAAGAGAAAGGAAGAGGUGGGUUCACAAAAGAAAACAAUCAAUGAUGAACAAGCGUCUGCUUCUAGGCCUGCAGAAAGAGACAAACAACACACAACAAUACAACAGGAGCAAGCUAUCACUGCGUCAACCUGAUGAGAAAAUCAACAUUGUUUUACUGAACAAUAACACAAUAAUAAAUCCCAGUGCAUUUAGUGCCAACCACAGCCUUAAGACAUAUCUUGAAAAUGCCCAAGUCUAUACUUAUGAGAGCACCACGUGAGCACCUGUGUGUACAUACGCGCUUGUAUAUGUAAGGUUUCUCUAUAGGAGCGUCCAAUAGAGAGCGGGAGGGGCCACAUAUCUCCCCCCAAAGAUCUGUAGGAGAUGGAGGGAGCUCCAAGUCCAAGAGAUCCAGGAGCUGUCCCAGCGACCAGCCCCGCCGGGGACCCAACAAAGCCUAGGUACUCAGAUCCCACCGGGAUCAAUCAGACAGACGCCAAAAAUCUUAAACCCCCUGACCCGGGAGCCGCGAACACUCAGGCAGACCACGGAACCACACUCCACACCAAGUGUGGCAGGGGGAGGGUAGGUGAAGAUGUGUAGUAGCACAAGAAGUUCCAGGAGAGGGGAGGAGUCCAAGACCCCACCUGACAUAUAGGGAGCCUAAGUCUCCUCCCUUUCCGGUCAGCUCAUGGGUCCCCGGAAGAACGAAAAAAAUAAUACAAGUCAACGGGGCUAAAAACACUAUUUUCUAAUCCGCUUUGCCUUAGACUCUGGGUCACACAUAUGUUGCACUGCAAUUUAAAUGAACAGUAAUAAUGGGGGGUUCGACCACGCCAGUCAUGUACUUAGAGAUUUAUCAGCUUGUAAAAGUUCAUAAUUAGCAUGAUUACAAAUCAGACAUCGGUACGUCUCAUAUGUGACGUCACUACAUAAGCUCCUCUCCCCUAGCAUAGCUUCUACUUACCACAUGACCAGAUUUACUGUGGUUCUUUCCUCCUGUGGGAAGUUUGCUGAACUUACAACCAUUACCCCUCAGUUUUCUCCGUGUUUGGUUUGAAGACAUGACUCUUGUGAAGUGCAUUUGUAGUCCUGGUCUUAUUUACACACAAAACCUAAAAUCCCCAUUUGAAAAUAAGCGCGUUCUUGGUAUCAAAAUUCAUCUUUAAAAUUCAUGGACACUGGGACGUAAUUUUGGGGGGGGACGGGUGGGACAUGUCCCCCCCACUUUUUCAAAAGGCAGUUUUGGUCCCCUGCACUUUUUUCCGUCCAAAAACAAUGUUACGCUCCAUUAAAUGGAUUUGGUUGAGCACUAGGACCGAAACGGAAACCGCUUUACUAUUAGACCCGCCCAAAAGCUAAUCUAUUGGCUCUGCUGAUACUUGCUAACGUAUUAUUGGCUGUUGCUGCUGUCACUCAAGUUGUAAACAGUCAGAACGUGCUCACGUUGUUUUGCUAGUUUGGAGCCGCUAGGGAACACCGGUACUGAGUCACAUCGUCAACUAGACGCUGUGUAAUAUCAGAGCUCAGCUCAGCUUCCAUUAUAUAACAUUUGAAUAAGUGUUCAUUUGUGAUUCUUUGGUAGUUAUGCACAGCCAGGAGGCAGCAUGUCAAGAAACGAAAGUGGAUAUAAGAGACUUCUUUCAAAGUCAAAACGUGACCGACAGAGAUGCAGGAGGAGAGACCGGUGAAGGUACAGCAGGAGAGGCUGUAGGAGAUGGAGGACGAGAGCCUGGAGGAGAUGGAGCAGAGGCUGGAGGCUCACAGGGACCCAUGAGCCAGCAGGAAGGGGAGGAGACUAGAGCUCCCUGUACAACAGUCUGUCUGCUUCAGUGUGUGUCAGGGGGAGGGGUCAUGGUCUGGAUCUGUGAAGUGCUCUUCUCUCUGGGCUGGAGCAGUGAAAGUUUAGAAAGCAGCAGGGAACGCAGCUGGCACCUCACUCCUGUUAACUCCAGCUUUAGCUUCAGAGGAACGAGCACAGGUCCAGUCAUGAUGCCAGCUAAUCAGAAGCUCUGCUGCCACACUGCCACCCUGUUCUUGGUGUUAAAGCUGGUCUGUGCCCAGUUUGAGGAUCUUGGCUACCUGCUGGGCUACCCUGAUCCAGAACAGGACCAGUACACGAGCCUAGCGCUCUCGCUGGACACGCCCAGGAUUCAUCUCAGAUUGGCCGGAGAUAAAAGGAAACACAACGAGGGCCGUGUGGAGGUCUACUACAAUGGCACAUGGGGCACGGUCUGUGAUGAUGACUUUAACAUCCAUGCUGCUCAGGUAAUCUGCAGGGAACUGGGCUACCUGGAGGCCGUUUCAUGGGUCGCAUCCUCCAAAUAUGGAAAAGGAGAAGGGCCCAUCUGGUUUGACAAUCUUCACUGCACCGGUAAAGAAAAGACUCUGGCAUUGUGUCCGUCCAAUGGGAUCGGGGUAUCUGACUGCAAACACACUGAAGAUGUUGGAGUCAUAUGCAGCGACAGAAGAAUACCUGGAUUCAAAUUUGUAAACACCCUACCUAACCAUGUGACGAACCUUGACGUUCAUGUGGAGGAUGUGCGCAUACGAGCCAUCCUGUCGUCAUACCGUAAGCAGAUCCCGGUGACGGAGGGCUACGUUGAGGUGAAAGAUGGUGGCAAAUGGAAGCAGAUCUGUAACACAGAGUGGACUCAGUUUAACAGCAGAGUCAUCUGUGGCAUGUUUGGCUUCCCCGGGGAGAAGAAACACAAUGCCAGAGUCUACAAAUUGUUUGCUCAGAGGAGAAAACCAACUUUCUGGGACUUUUCUGUCAACUGCACUGGCACUGAGGCCCAUUUGUCCAGCUGUAAACUGGGUCCGACUCCUCCGACAAAGUCCAAUGAGUCAUGCUCUGGGGGGCUGCCCGUGGUGGUGAGCUGCGUUCCUGGUAAAGCAUUCACCACAUCACCCAUGACAGGAUUCCGCAAGAGCAUCAGACAAGAGCAAGCUCUGGUUCGCCUCCGAGGUGGUGCCAUCACUGGCGAGGGCCGUGUGGAGGUGCUGAAAAAUGGAGAGUGGGGUACCAUUUGUGAUGACAAGUGGAAUCUGUUUUCAGCCACUGUGGUGUGUCGAGAGCUGGGUUUUGGUACAGCCAAGGAGGCUCUGUCUGGAGGUCAACUGGGACAAGGUAUGGGGCCCGUUCAUAUGAAUGAAGUGAAUUGCUCAGGAUUUGAGAAGUCCAUCACUGACUGCUCCUUCAACAAGGAGGCUCUGGGUUGCAGCCACGAGGAGGAUGCCGCUGUCAGAUGUAACGUUCCAUCUAUGGGCUACAAAGAAAGGGUACGUCUGAGGGGAGGUCGUAACCCCUAUGAAGGCCGUCUGGAGGUGUUGGUGGAGAGAAAUGGCUCCUUGGUGUGGGGCACGGUGUGUAGCGAGAGCUGGGGAACAAUGGAAGCCAUGGUAGUCUGCAGGCAGCUGGGCCUGGGCUUCGCCAGCAUUGCAUUCCAGGAGAGGAGUUAUUGGCCGGGUGAGGUCAGGGCAGAUGAUGUGCUGAUGAGUGGUGUUCGCUGCUCUGGAACCGAAAUGUCUCUGUCCCACUGCCAGCAUCAUGGAGUCCACAUCAGCUGCUCCAGAGGUGGGCGGCAAUAUCCUGCUGGAGUCUCCUGUUCUGAGACUGCCCCUGACCUAGUGUUGAACCCCCAAGUGGUGGAGCAGACCACCUACAUGGAGGAUCGGCCCAUGUUCAUGCUUCAGUGUGCAUUCGAGGAGAACUGUCUGUCCUCCACCUCCAGCCAGGUGCCAGCCAACACGUUCCGUCGCUUGCUGCGCUUCUCCUCCCAGAUCCACAACAAUGGCCACUCCGACUUCCGGCCCAAAGCUGCCCGGCACCAGUGGGUGUGGCAUGAGUGUCACAGGCAUUAUCACAGCAUGGAUGUGUUCACCACCUACGACCUGAUAAGUCUAAAUGGAACUAAGGUGGCAGAGGGACACAAAGCGAGCUUCUGCCUGGAGGAUUCAGAGUGUGAUGAAGGCAUUGAAAAGCGAUAUGAAUGUGCUAACUUUGGCGAGCAGGGCAUCACUGUGGGCUGUUGGGAUACCUACAGGCACGACAUCGACUGCCAGUGGGUGGACAUCACUGAGGUGAAACCUGGGGACUACAUUUUCCAGAUUAUCAUUAAUCCAAACUAUGAAGUGCCAGAGUCAGAUUACACCAACAACAUCACAAAAUGCAGGUGUCGGUAUGAUGGCCAUCGUGUGUGGAUGUACAAUUGUCAUAACGGAGGCUCAUUGAGUUCUGAGACAGAGGAGAUGUUCCCAGGACUCCUCAACAACCAAGUGGCCCACAGGUGAAGAGGGAGUAAGAAAGGAAGGCAUCCCACCUGUGGAGGACCCUUCUCCUUCCCAGCCCAGAACAAGUCAUCUUUCCUCCUCCUCUUCCCCUCACAAAGAAAAAGUCUCCUGUCCAAACGGAGGCAGAAUGAGUCCUACCAACCCCCCAGCCUUCCCUACAGUCACACUCUCUUUUUAAUGUGUUUAAUUUCUCCCAGUAAGAGACAUGCACUUAGUCGGUGUUAAGUAACAUCAUUAACCAUUCAUAGGAAAUGCAGCUUUCUAAAGAAAGUGUUUUCUUUCUUCAAGGCCAAAUGACCAGAAGAAUCAGACGAAUGCCUGAUAGCACUAGAAACCUGCACAGAGAAAUCUAGUUUCAUCAUUCUUUCAUCAGGUUUAUAAUAAUCAUGUCAGGUGUUAGAGAUCGGUCACACUGCAGCCUGAGCCCGGCAGGAAUCAUUGGAGCAUCCUCUCAUCUAUUGUAGGGUUAGAACGUUUAACCUCCCAUCCUCUUGGUUUUGCUACCAGAUGGAGGUUUAAAGUAGGGGUUGUAUGAACUAGUUGACUAGUCGACUUCACGGCUCUGUAGUGACUUUUUAUGCCUGUCAUCGACUAGUCGCUGUCACGUGAUAAUGACCGACAAGAUGCAGUCCUCGGAAAAGACAGCGGGUGACAAGCUCCUGCUCGUCGGGAGGCAACUCGCUGUGCCAGAGCGUCGGUACCGUCACCCGCCGUAAAACGGACAUUCAACCAAAUUGUGACCUUUACCCUCUUGCAAUUUAACAUUCCCCUCAUCCCCGUUCUAACCUUAACCAGCUGCGCAUGCAAAGCUCUGAUUGUUGACGCGCUCCAGACAUCUGCGUCCUGAGCACGGCCACAGUAACAUUAUCAAAUCAGGUGUCGCCACCUCAAAAACAAAUUUAACACGCGAUCGUUCAUGUCGGCUCAUUUCCUUUAAUGUUUUCUGUCUUUUAUUUGUGCGUGAUGCUCCCCGCUGCUGUGGAUCGGGGCGCAUCACCUGUUUUGUCCUCCAAUAACUUCACCUCACUGAUGUGGCCGGCGAGCAGCGAGCACUCCGCUGUUUUUGCGGUCGGUAGAUCUUUUAGAACUGCAGUUCAAAGGUAACUCAUGAGGUGAAUAUAUAUGAACCCAGGUAGCAGUUUCUCUUUAGGACUGAGAGGAGAUGCAGGAAGAUAAUAAACAGACAGGACAGAAAAAUAGUCAAAUAAAAACAAGUUAGUUUUUGUACCUGCUGGUUGCAACAAACAGACACCAUUGAAGGUAAUCAGAAGUGAGGAACAGAAAAUGAAAUAAUUAUUUUAAUGUUUAGAGCAGCAGGAACUCCGAGAGGCUGCAGGCGCACCAGUGAGUUUGCGGCCGCUGCGCAGGGGGAGGGGGGAGAGGGCUGAAGCAGGAACUACCGUUGUUAAAAGAAAUGUGUCUAACUUUGAAAAUGUGGGCGCAAUUUUAAUUGUCAAAAACUCCAGCAACCCACGCCCCUUCAGGUGUAUGACAUCAUCAACGACGAAAGUCGACACGAUUUUCAUUACUUGACUGUCGACUUUAAAAAAAAUGAAGCCGUGCAGCCCCUAGUUUAAAGUCCCUACUUCCUGCUGUUAGUAUGGACUGAAUCACCUUACAGGGUUGUUUUAAUCAGGCCAGGGCUGCUGCUGGUCAAAUUAGUAUUCACUGAAAAGGCUCCUGUUAAUUCACAGAGGACCACCCCCCCAAUCAUCUUGUAUUUUUCACUCAGAAACUUGACAGGAUGUCCGGACAGACCCGUGAAUCUUUCAUCACUUUUUUUCAGUGACAUCAAAAGCAGAAAGACCUAAUGCAACAAAACCAUUCAGGCUGCAGAUAUGUAUGUAUGAAAAUCAGGACCACAUAUGAAAGUGACCUGGAUCUUAUUUGAAAUAAACCAGAUAAGUGCUGUCAGAUCAGAAUCAGACACGGACCACAUGUGUGAACACAGUUGGAUUUGAUGUGCUUUUGACUGCAGUGUGAACGUAGCCUCAGCUCCACUCAGUCACCAACAGAUUGUCUAGGGCAGUGGCCGUUCCAGUGGAGAGUGGCUAGACCAGGGUUGGGCAGUCCUAGUCCCCGAGGGCUGUUGUCCUACAUGGUUUAGUUUUUCCCGUUUCACACCUGAUUUCAAUCAGAAGGCUGAUUCUGCACCUAGACCUAAAUUAGCAUCUGUAGCAGAGACCCAGCUAGCCUCAUUAGAGACAUGGACUUUGGUUAACUGCAGUGGAGUGAUGUCUUGCAGAAGGUCUUUCUUUAGAAACCGUCUCAUUAAACUUAGACUCAAUAGUACUUUACGGCAUACUUUACAACAGCAUAAUAUAACAACCCCAAAACUUUUUACAAAGUUUUUUCUUUUAUCAGUUCACUCAAAUCUUUGGCGAAGAAAGGAAAGGCUGGCUCGUUACUUCUUUAGAAAAGGGUCAAAGGUCCUUGAGAUUAAAAGGAAGAACUGAAGUUUGGCAGCAAUGAAAGGAUCACCUUUGACAUUUGAACUAAGCACAACAACAUGGGUGUAUAGUAAACAAACCUUAAUAAUCACUGGCCAAAUUUGAAGGGCCCUUUCUGCCACCGGGCAAUUUUCCACCCAUCUGUGGUUGCAGAAAGCAGGCAGACCCUGUGAAUGCAGUCAAAUCUUCCCUCCUAGCUGGCACAUUGUAGAAAUGCGGGGCUCGAAGCAACUUGUCCAGCUGCCACCUCGUAAAGCCUGCCUUCACAGCAUUAUGGACAGUGUGAUGGCCACAGCUUCAUAUAGUUCCUCAUGCUCCUGCUGCAAAACAUCUCCCAACUUGAAGUUGACAUUAGGGCCAUCCAUGCCGAAGGUGUCUGCUGUUCAGUUUUCAACACAUUUCUGUGAAAAGAAAGUAUUUAUGAAAACCUUAAAGAGCAAGUCACCCCCAAAUCACAUUUUUUUUGCUGAUAAACUAUAUAAAGGAGCAUCUAAUCAUGCUGCAGACACGUGUAGUCAAUAAUUUGGCAGUUCAGUGCAUCUUGGUUAAUCAAAUAUUCUGCCUAAAACUGUCAGUGUUGCGCCAUUGUCAGGGAAAAAUUCUGCACUGUAUUUGAAUUUAAAUCUGCCACCGCUAUUGGCUAAGAGGUAUGCUAUGAUGUCAUCUGGUAUAUUAUGAUGUCAUAAUGCCAUUGUGAGCCUGUGUGUGUGUGUAUUUGUUAGCGGCUCCGCCCUCUUGGUCUGCCAAGCAACAGCAUUUGUUGCAUUUUUCAAACAUGAAGUGGGAGUGAAGUAAGUUUCUUGUAGGGGGUGACUUGCUCUUUAAGAACUCUCAAUUAGCCCACAAUGGUUAAAAUGGUCCAGAUUAACUUAAUUAAUUUAAUUUGUCUCCAUGGAGGUUAACAGGCUGUGGUGGAACGACUCAUAGGGUUAAGAGGAGUGUCUUCAACUUUUUAUUGUGUAUAUCUUACAAAAUGUUCAUUUUAUAAUUCAUCAUUUUUAAUUGACUGCUUACUUACUUUAAUGUUGUUGAGUAGAUCAUUGGCUUUUCUGUGUCCCUGAACUACCCAAAUAUCUGGCUUGGACACAGUCAUCUUGCCAAAAGCGUACAUGGACAUCGAACUGCUUCUUUUUCGUUGUCUGGUUCAAAGACUCGUCGAACAUCAAAACAAAGCGUUGGCUGUCCAGAAGCUGCUGCUUAAAGCCGGGUGCUAAUCCAAACCUCAGAAUGUGUGCUGUUUCAUCCCUUCCACAAGUGAAAGUUCUUACAAGGGUUGAAUCCGGAAACAUCACUUGGGAAGUUUUAUUUAUUCCCUCAUGAGAGUUCAGAGAGUGGUGGAUCAACCAUGGUGUGUCAACACCCAGUCACCGCAGCACGCUGCAUUGGUGUGCCCGCUAGCGCCGCUUUGAGGGUGCCGUUACUGCCAAAGUCUUUGCUGUAGAGGUCGCCACGUCGGUUAGAGGUGUAUUCACAGGUGUUGCAGGCGACAAUGUUUCUCCAGCUGUCACCGAAGCUUUGGAAAAAAAACUGGCAAUUGAUCGCUGAGGUUGGCGGCAGCUAAUGACGGCGGUUUUGUGGCUAGCUCCAUUCCUGUGGGAUUUGAUAGCGCAGAUGCCCAUCGAGGCGACAUGAAUGUUUUUUUACAAGUCAAACCGUUUGCCUCCUUUUUGUUGUUUGUCACAGGCUUCAGCCACCGUUUAAAAUCAUCCACAUCAAGCCAAGAAAAAACAAAUUCACACUUGCCCAAUUUCCUUCCAUCAUCUUCUUGAAUUGGCGAGAAGAAAAUUGGUGAUCAAAGUUAAGUGGCACGGAAGCACAAGCAAACAGCUGGCAGAGACCUAAAAAUUGGUUAAUUUUAUUACUUCAUGGCGUUUAUUUUGAAUAGGCAGGCUUUUUUUUAAAUACAUGUCAACACUAACCAAUUAAAGGCUUAACUUCAUGGAUUUAAGACUUUUUAAGGGUUUUAAUUUACCUAAAUUCAACUGAAGACUUUUUAAGACUUUUCAAGACCUGCAGAUACUCUGUAAAUGUAUCCUAGAGUCUGUCAGCGACAAUGCCACUGGUAGGUGCUAAAUGAUGAAAACUGGGCCCAGCAAGGUGACUAUACCUGUGGCAGAGCGCUCCUUCUCUGCAUGGGUAUAGAGCUCCGGACGUCACGUGACUCAGAGAGUAGACGCCAUGUUGGCAGGCAACAAAGGUAAACAAAAUGAAUGGGAUCGGCUUGGAAUUUACUCUGUCAGAGUUUACUUCACACUUCAAAACCGAAGAAAUCGUUUUACACAGUCAGAAAUUAAAUAGAUUAAACAUCUCCGACCCUUACCGUGUCCCUGGGAUACUUUUUUAAAAUGCCAGAAGCUGUCGGAGCGGACUUCUUACGGACCUGGCCGGGGAACGCCUUGGGAUUCCCCCGGAGGAGCUGGCUCAGGCGGCUGGGGAGAGGGAAGUCUGGGCCUCUCAACGCUACUGCCCCCGUAACCCAACUCCGGAUAAGCGGAUGAAAAUGGAUGGAUGGAUGGACAAAUAACAGAUUUACACGUAAGUAGUUUAAAUAGAGCGCUGUGCUGUUUGAAUGUAUAAACUGAACGCCAAGAGAAAUCAUUAGUCUGAUUUUUUUCCCGUGAAUAAAUUAAAUAUGUCAGGCAGGAGCGUCUCAGGAUCUGUCUGAGAUCUGUCUCGGUGAGACAGAUAAUAGCAAUCCAAAGUGCUUUUUAUAUGUGAUCUGACAAUUGAUCAACCAUUGCUUAAAAAUUAAAUACAGCUUAGCCGGUUAAUUGCUGUGAUCAUAAAACACGUAAACGGCAGCACGCAGAACUCACGAGGCAACGUUUUACAUGAUGUUUACUUGUUGCUAUGAGUAAUAAGACAGAAAAAGCCACGCCAAAAUAAGUUUAGGAAGCCCACUAAGAAUCGUAAUAAAAGCAUUUAAAAUAAAUACCACACACAGUUGAGGAAACGUUGGUUUAAGUACCUGAUAUGAAGCGGUCGCUGCGUAAGUGAAAACCUUUACUCUCGGGGUCCCACAGUUUCAUUUUAGCCCGGUCACUAGCGCGUUUUAUUACAAUGAUCCAACGUUUGCGGCGCUCCGGAUCUUGGGGAAUCCUGUAGAUGGCUCAUUCCUUAUGUCGUCCGCGUCUGUUCUGCAUCCUGGGGCACAACAGGAAUCUACCAUAUUUCCCGUUUGAGUUUUAUGACAAUAACAAAUAGUCCAGCUGCGGGCUUCUGCCUGCCAAUAUGGCGCCGUUUCGAUUUGAACUGUUGCAUGCCGGGAGAAGUGACGUCAACUCCCGGAGCUCUAUAGAUGGGUCUUGGUUACCAGAAAGAUCUACUACGAAAACUCAGACACAAAUGAGUAACACUCUUCAUCUGGACUCCCAAACAGGGCCAAGCCCGUGUUGCACAAGGUUACAGUUUCAGAUGUUCUUUUAAAGAAAUUUUAGAGGUUACAGCUGAUCACAUUUCAUUUGCUCGAUGUUCCAGCUUGCAAGAAUGUUUCCCACUAACCUGUCAGUUAACUGUUUUUAAAGUGAGAUGUUAUCAUUUUCCUUUUGUUUACAUUUGUUUUGUACUUUGAUGUGUGUGGACUAAGGUUUUGUGUACUGUUUGUAAUGGUGCUAUCAAACGGGCCCUCUGUUUUCUGAGGGCCCAGAACAUAUUAAACAGCCAGUUUAUGUAAACCAAAUAUAUACUUGAAAACAACGUGCUGUGUGUUAAACUAUAUUAAAGAGUGAUGAAGCAACCA